CAAUUUCUUAUUUUUUCACUCUGGAAAAUGGUGCAACUUGUCUUAAAGAGAGUCCUGUCUCCAGGCUGGUUGGGAGGGUGAAAGGAGGAAGGAAGAAGAGGAAGAAAGCUCUGAAGCCAGCAACUGAGGACUGACCCAGCACAUAAUAACACCUUCAAAGUGAAAAUGUUGUUUUGCAAAAACACAAAGGUUUCACUGGAAACCACCCGGGCUGGAGCUGCAAAGCCGUGUCAGGAGGCAGGCAGCACUGGGAGGCUGCCAGGUCUGAGCACUUUGGGGCUGGCAGAGUGCCCUGAGCACGUGUAAUCCAACCUGCUCCCCUAAAACACCCAUGUCCUGGAUCACCAUCUCUUUGGGACAGCAAUAGCCUUCCUUUUCUUGCCUUCCUCCCCCAGCCAGGGCUUGUCUGAGAACACUUUUAUCCACUCCACCUCUUUUUAUCAGCUAUGUCUUGCUCUUGUCUCACUUCAAAAACUAACCAGGCAGUUAAUUUGGUUGGUUUGGGAACUGCUGUGAUUGAUCCAAAAUGUGGUGACCUCUGGCAUUUUUAAUGCCUGGGUGGCAUGUCAUCUCUGUAUAUUUGGAUACUGAUGUCAUGGUGACAGGGAUAAAUACACCCAGCCAUUUAUUGCUGGGCACAGCUCUGAUGAGCAAACUGGCUCCUUUUCCCCCUCUCCAUAUAGGCUGCUCCUUCAAGUUCAAUCCUGUCAGAUCAAACAGAAUCCAGGAAGGGGCCAGGGGAGCCAUAAGUCUGGUUGCACAGAAUGCAUUGCCUUCAGCCACCAGCCUCAGUUUCUCCUGCCUGUGUUUUUGUUGGCAGUAGAUGCUCAGCUGUGCUGUAUUAGCUGGCUUGGUGAUGCUUGAUGCAGCUGGAAUCAUGUCAUCUUCUGUGCAUUUCGUAUCAAAACAAGGCUUUGAUAUAGUCCUGGUCUUGCAACAACUUCAAUUUAAUACACCUAACCUCAUACUCUGUACCAAAACACCUUCCAGCCCCACUGCAGUAUAACAUCUUGCCUGGCAUAAGCCCAGGAGCUACAGAGUUGUAAUAAAUUAGGAGAACUGAAUGAUAAUAAGAAAACAGAGACAGAGAUGUAGUGGAAGAUUCCUUUUUUCCCCAUACAAGGGCCAGACAGGGUUUCCUGGGGUGAUGGCUUUGGAAUAGGUAGCAGGGCAGGCAGUUGACGGGAAAGAGAAACACAUGCCCACACCCCCACAUCCCCAUGCAGGUCAGGGAAGGAGCAAGUGCAGGGAGAUAAAGCAUCUUUUGCCAGCUGCAUUCCUGGGGAUGUGGUGGGGAGCAGCAGGUGGAGGCUGGAGACUUCAGUGCAGCAAUUCUCUGCUUGUGUUUAAUGCAGAGAGGUUGUGGGCAGGAGAGAAAAUCCAGCAGGGCUCAAAAUGAAUGUAAACACAGAUCAGCCUGUGAUGUCCAGCUUGUAUGCUCAGGUACCAUCCCCUUCCCCAUCACCCCAUUCUCCUCCAGGCUCUAGUCUGGCUUUCAUUCCUUCAUCCUUGCUCUGUGGGACAGAGCAAGGCUGCAGCCAAUAAAGGGUCAUAGGAAUCCUGGCACAGACAUGCUCCAAAAAAGUUCAACGCAGCUGCCUGUGAGCGGGCUGCCACUGCAGAGCAAAGUGAGCCAGAGCCAGAGGGCAGGGACAGAGCCAGAGCCAGUGGGCUGCAAAUAGAACAGAGGAGCUGCAGCCCUCAGCAAGAUUUCAUUGGGAUUUUUAGUCUUUAUAACUCUCUGUUUUAUGAAAAACCAUUGCAGGUGUGAGCAGCCAAGCUUUGGAAAGGACAUUGUGAAUAGCUUUAUGCAGUAUCUUGGAUUUUCUCUUUACCAGCUGGAAUAAAAGAAUUCAGCAGCAAAGUUGCUGACCAGUUAUUGAGGCUGCACAGGAAUAAUGGACACUCAGAUUACCCACCGCUUGGGAAAACAUGGAAACUUUCCAAAGGGGGAUGCCAAAAAAAGGCACUUGACUGAAGAUGUCACACCGGUGAAGCAGAAGCCCUCCAAGGAGCUGAGGCCCAUGCUGGGCGCCAUCUUGCUGGGCCUCAUCCUGUUCAUUGCUGCAGUGGUGGCCUGGUGCUACUACACCGUGUCCCUGAGGAAGGCGGAGCGGCUCAAGACGGAGCUGAUGGACCUGCGGGCAGACGGCUUCGUCAUCCGCAACCAGCACGGGGAGGUGGUGUUCCGGCUGGCCUUCCGCUCGGGCAGCCUGGACCUGGAGUCGUGCUCCAAGGAGGGCGAGAUCCUGAGCUGCUCGCGCUCGAGCCGGGGGCCGCUCAACUUCUUCAUCCAGACGGUGAAGCCCAAGGACACGGUGAUGUGCUACCGCGUGCGCUGGGAGGAGCUGGCGGCCGGCCCGGCCGUGGAGCACACCAUGUUCUGGGAGGACGCCCACUGGUACGGGGGCUCGGAGAUGAGCACCCAGCACUGGCCCAUCCGCCUGGCCGGCUACCAGGAGCCCGUGCCCUACGUGACCAGCGACGUCUACUCCUUCCGCGACAGCUUUGGCGGCAUCCUCGAGCGCUACUGGCUCUCCUCCAAGGCGGCGGCCAUCAAGAUCAACGACUCCGUGCCCUUCCACCUGGGCUUCAACGCCACCGAGCGCACCCUCUUCUUCCAGGCCCGCUACAAGGACUCACCCUACAAGCCUCCCCCGGGCCAGCAGCCCUUCCCCGAGCUCAGCUACCGCGUCUGCGUGGGCUCCGACGUCACCUCCAUCCACAAGUACAUGGUGCGCAGGUACUUCAACAAGCCCUCCAAGAUCCCUGCUGAGAACGCCUUCCGAUACCCCAUAUGGUCCACGUGGGCCCUCUACAAAAAAGAUAUAAAUCAGGAUAAAGUUCUAAAUUUUGCAAGAGACAUUAAGAAAUAUCAUUUUAACUGCAGCCACAUUGAGAUUGAUGACAUGUACACCCAAGCCUAUGGGGACUUUGACUUUGACCCUGUCAAGUUCCCCAAUGUAACAGAGAUGUUUGCAAAGCUGAGAGAAGAUGGAUUUAAGGUCACCCUGUGGAUUCAUCCUUUUAUACACAUAGAUUCUCCCAGUUAUGAAGUUGGGAUUGAGCGUCAGCUGUUCAUCAAGGAGCCCUCAGGGCGGCUGCCAGCCAUGGUGGAGUGGUGGAACGGCAUCGGGGCCAUCCUGGACUUCACCAACCCAGCAGCCCGUGACUGGUUCCAGAGCCACCUGCGCCAGCUCCAGCAUAAGUACGGCAUCUCAUCCUUCAAGUUCGACGCAGGCGAGACUAGCUACCUGCCCAAGCAGUUCAGCACCUUCCGCCCACUGUCGGACCCCAGCAUCUGGUCCCGGCGCUACACGGAGAUGGCCAUCCCCUUCUACGAGCUGGCCGAGGUGCGGGUGGGCUACCAGUCACAGAACAUCUCCUGCUUCUUCCGCAUCAUUGACCGCGACUCUGUCUGGGGCUACGAGCUCGGCCUCAAGUCCCUCAUCCCCACCGUCCUCACCAUCAGCAUGCUGGGGUACCCAUUUGUGCUGCCAGAUAUGAUCGGAGGAAACUUCCUGCCGAACAAGACAGAGGGGGCAGUGGAGAUCCCCGACCGGGAGCUGUACGUGCGCUGGCUGGAGCUGUCAGCCUUCAUGCCCUCCAUGCAGUUCUCCAUCCCACCCUGGCUCUACGACAAGGAGGUGGUGGAGAUUGCACAGAAGUUCAUGGAGCUCCACGAGUCGCUGGUGGCCCCGCUGCUGCUGGAGCUGGCUGGGGAGGUCACCGACACAGGUGACCCCAUCAUCCGUCCCAUCUGGUGGAUCUCGCCCCGUGACGAGGCCACUCACCGGAUCGACUCCCAGUUCCUCAUUGGGGACACCCUCAUGGUGGCUCCUGUGCUGGAGAUGGGCAAGCAGGAGCGGGAUGUCUACCUGCCAGCGGGCAAGUGGCGCAGCUACAAGGGGGAGCUGUUUGAGAAGACCCCAGUGCUGCUUACUAACUAUCCCGUUGACCUUGAUGAGGUUGCCUAUUUCCUCUGGGUUUCCUAACACGAUUCUCUUUCUGUGGGUUUCCUAACAGGAUCCUCUUCAACUUUGCAAUAGACUCAAUGAUUAGUUUACCAAUGGCUUUAAUGACCAGGGAAUUUUAAUAAUUUCUAAUGUAGCAAUAUUUCAGAAUAAAAUUUGAAGGAGA